AUGCACAAAUAUCAUCCGGACCUCUCGGAUGAGCCAAUUCCCGACGUCCCCCAGAUCGGGCGCCUCGAGGCCUCGCACUUUUCGCUUCCCGGAGGUUUGGCGGAUCCUUCAGACGGCACGAUCGGAGCGAGCGUUACUCGAGUCGCGCGUGAACUUAUCAAACUAGAUUUGAACGCAUUGCCUGACGACCUCAAAAAGCAGCGCGAUAAGUGGCACGCAGUCUUCAACCCUGAAAGGGAGCGCGAGCUAGAUAUCGCCCUUAUAAGCGAGAAGAGUUUUGGGGACAUUCCAUGGAGUGUUGCAUCUUCGGAAGACGGUGAAGACCUGGCCGUAGCCGUCAACGGGGAUGUCGAAGUUGUUAGCUUCCCUUUUUUGGAACGCAAAUUUCUGUUUGUACAUCGGUGCACCGUUCGGGCUCUCUGCUUUUCUACCGAUGGCAAGGUUCUCGCCACUGGUGCAACAGAUUGGCGGAUUCGCAUAUGGGACGUCUCCCUGGAGUCAUUCGAGGGCUUAGUUUUGCCGAACAUGGAAGACAUCUUCUCUCCGGUUCUGAAGACAGGCGGGCCAAAGUUUGGAACCUUGACAAAGGCAGAGGCACUAACUCACGAUUUCCAAACUAGUGACAUUGUGACAGACGUCGCAUACUCUCCCAAUGGCGCGGUUGCGGUUGCAGCUUCCAGAGAUAAAUGCAUUUGCGUUUGGGAUAUACUGUCUGAUCAGCGAGUGGGCUACUUCAACCCUGACGAUACAGUUUACAGUGUCAAGUUCUUCUCGCCUCCUGGGCUAUCUCUGGGACUUCUGAGCGCAAGCUUUGAUGGCACAAUCAAAUUCUGGGCGUUCGAAGAAUUGAAUCCCACGGGUCUCAUAUGCUUGCGAACAUUGAGCGGUCAUACAAAGGAUCAUGUUCUCAGCGCAACAUACAACCGGUGGAAUGGCCGGAUCAUUUCGGGCAGCGAGGAUGGCAGUGUCUACUUCUGGGAUCCAUUGACUGGCGAUCCCGAACUGGCUUUGUUUGGCCAUGAAGGCAGAGUGAUGAAGGUAGUUGUUGGCCGAUUAGGUUUCGGGACAGACUAUGUCGCCGAAAGUCUGUUCACAACCAUAGGUCGUGAUGGAAAGGUCCGAGUCUGGCGUUCGUACUCUUGGCGCAACUCAGCUGUCACGUCCACUGGGGAUUUGAGGACUAGUGCAGCAGCUCAAUUGGGAAAGAAGAAAAAGGGAAUCAUAAUAAAUUGA